CAGAUGCAAUCUCUUGCAACGUAUUUCAGGCUCGGAGACCAGCCACACAGGAGUUUGGGUGAUGUUCGAAUGAAUCUGGAAGUUCUGAAAUGCUGUGCGGCCGUUUUAUACUUGGAGUCGAGCCUCCCGGACAUAUUCAAGAAGAAUAGUUGGGUUCCUUCAAAUGCUAACACAAGAAUUUGUAGUGAAAACACCGAACGAGUCUCUAAUGUGGUUGAAUCUAGCACAGCUCGACCAUAUGCCUUUGACAUGGACCCACUUCGCGAUGAAGUGAUGCAAGAGCCGAAUCAGCCAGACAACGCCAUGGUAGAAGUACCUAAGCAAAAGUCUGUUGAGAGUUCUUCCCCUAUCGCUGCAUUGGGGAGUUCCCAUGGCACUAUGGAGUUUUUACAGCCAGAUGAAGUUUCAAUUCCUUCUAUCCACUCUACCCUUGUUCCGUUGGAUAAUGGGAGUCAGAGGAUAAAGUUGCUACACAAAGAUGAAACUUUGCAGCUUUGCUAUAGGCAUAUGGAACUGCGGUUUGGAAUCAAUGGAAAGUAUUUUGAUCGAGCUGGCCGUCCACAAUUGAAUAUUAUUUGUUACGCACCACAAAAUUUGUGCAGAGUUCUUGAUGCAUGUGAUGGCAUUGUACAAAAGGAUUCCGGUAGCAGCUCCGAAUGGAAGCCUGCUGUGAUCCAAAAGGACCGUACUUAUACAGUGAAAUUACACAUAAAGCACACCACGGAGAUAUAUCAAAAAGAGCCUUGUGGUGCAGAGCGGAGGCUCGUCACCAAGUUUGAUGCUUCAGAACUUAGCACCCAUUUAAAACCGCGGACUUUUAUCGAUGCAUUCUUCUCCUUGGAACCGUAUGACUAUCAGCAGAGUGCAGGCAUUAGGUCGGUGGCAAAGAAAUUGAUUCUUCUUUCCAAUUGAUGGAGGAAUUUGUAUCUCUGAUUUCUUUGAUGGGGGAAGGGGGAAGUUGCUCUGUAAAAUAGUUGUUCAAUUUUAUACACAAAAGUGGGAAUCAGGGGAUGCUGAUGGUUGUGACAUGUAAUUGCAGUAUCUCUGAUUUAUUUGUAUCUCCGAUUUAUUAUUAAAGAAAUGGUUUUCGCACUUUCUU